UCGCCCAACCUAGCAAUGGAGCUCUCGCUCGUCUCCGCCAAGGCCUCGCCCCGAGCCGCCACCGCAGCCGCUGCCUCCCCGCUCCUCCCUUCCCUCACGCGGGGCCGCGCAGCCAGCGCACGCCUCGGCGGCCGGGGCUUCCGCUGCGUCGCGGCGGCGGCCAAGGGGGAGGAUGUGUUCGGCGGCCGGAAGGAGCUCUCGGGCGUGCAGCCGCUAGUGGAGGCGCUGCCGCCCUUGGCGCGGGCCGCGCUUGAGCUCGCCGUCGUUGCCGCGGCGGCCACGGCGGGGUACACCCUCGGGACCCGCUACGGCGGUGGCACGCGGACCGCGUCGGUCGCGGGCGCGGCCGUGCUCGGGGCGGCCGGCCUCGCGGGCGCCGCCGCCGUGAACUCCGUGGUGCCUGAGGUCGCCGCCGUGGGGCUGCACAACUACGUCGCCGGCUGCGACGACCCCACCGAGCUGGAGGCCGCCGAGGUGGAGGCCAUCGCGAGCAAAUACGGAGUCAGUACACAAGAUGCGGCUUUCAAAUCAGAGCUCUGUGAUUUGUAUGCCAGCUUUGUUUACUCAGUGAUUCCUCCAGGACAUAGAGAUCUUAAAGGUAAUGAGGUUGAAGCUAUUAUAAAGUUCAAAAGAGCUCUUGGACUUGAUGAUGUAGAUGCUGCAAAUAUGCACAUGGUGGUUGGUAGACGCUUAUACAAAGAGAGCCUCGAUGCGUUCCAAAAAUUAAUUUUUGUGUCAAAUCUUGUCUUCGGAGAUGCAUCAGAGUUCAUACUUCCAUGGAAACAUCUUUUCGGGAUCACGGAUUAUCAGAUUGAUAUUGCUAUGCGGGAGAAUGCCAAAAGUUUAUAUGCGUUAGAGCUCAAGUCUAUUGGAAGAGGUAUUAACAUUGGCACAGUCAUUGAUAUAAGGAGGGUACAGCUUGCAUAUAAACUUUUUGACGAGAUUGCUGCUGACAUGUUCAGGGAGCAUGUGAAGAACUUGAUCCAAGAAAACAUUUCAUCUGCUUUAUCCAUAUUGAAGUCUAAUCCCGGUUCGACGAACAUUCCAGAACAGGUUAUUGAUGAAGUGAAUACUAUCCUUGCAUUCAAUAGCAUGCUAACAGUUCUAGGCAAGUUUCCUGAUGGCGACCGAUUUGCACGUGGGCUUGGCCCUGUUUCCUUAGCUGGAGACUUUGAUCAUGAUAGGAUGGUUGGUGAUCUAAAGAUACUCUAUGCAGCCUAUGCAACGGCAGUACUUUCAGAUGGAAACCUUGAUGAUGAUAAGCUUGUUCGCUUGAGUGAAUUGAGGAAUAUAUUUGGACUGGGGAAGCGUGAAGCAGAAGCAAUCAUAGAAGGAGUCACGUCAAAUGUUACAUCUCAAGUACCGGCAUAAUACUCUGUGUGUGCAUCGAUGCAGAUUACAGAAAUUACACUAUUUGAAAACCGUUUUCUUUGUUGAAUCAUGAAGCAAACAAAGAGAACAAUGCAAUUCGAACUGCGCCACAUCCAUUUGAA